AUGAAGAAGCUAAAAAUGGAUCCACGAGAGCAGAUCCCGUUCAAUUUCCUCUUCCGUGGUCCACCAGGCAGUGGUAAAACCUCUACAGCGAGACGAAUGGGAAAGAUAUUCUAUGACAUGGGAUUCUUGGCCACUGCUAAAGUAGUUGAGUGUUCUUCCACAGACCUCGUUGGCCAGUUCGUAGGCCAAACAGAUCCCAAAACUCAAAAUCUAUUGACGAAAGCGCUAGGUAAGGUUCUAUUUAUUGACGAAGCAUACCGGCUUACGGAGGGCAAUUAUGCGCAGGAAGCAAUGGAUGAACUAGUCGACUACCUCACGAAGCCUAAAUUCUCUCAAAAGCUCAUUGUCAUUCUUGCUGGGUACGACGAGAACAUCAAUCGUCUUAUAUCAACCAACCCAGGCCUAACCAGUCGCUUUCCAGACACUAUAAGCUUCGGCCAACUCCCACCGGAAAACUGCCUCGAGCUAUUGCAAGCAUACCUUCGCAAAGCAGGCAAGCUCGAAAGUAGUACUGUACAAGCGCCUUCUACAACGUUCAGAAAUACUCUUCUCGAGUUGUUCAGGAACCUUGCUCAGCUUCGUGCCUGGGCUAACGCUAGGGAUGUCAAAACGCUAGCCAAGUCCAUAAUUGGUAAAGUUCUCUCCAGCACCACGACAGAUACCAAGCUCGAAGUCACAGAGGAUACGGUACUCUCAAUAGCGCGCCAAAUGGUGUCCGAGCGUGAACAUCGUGCCAGCUCAGUACGUUCUCCAGGACAUCCCGCGGCGCUUCCAACACAGAACUUCUCGCAUCAGGAUCCACCAAUCCCUCCAGCCUUCAACACAGUGACCAAGGCUACCGCUAAGAAUUACCAGUCAGUACCUCCUCAAUUACCGGAACCAUCAUCGCAAAAUAUAGACCAGGAAAACCUCGGUCGCGACCCUACUACGGAGCGGGAGAAGCUUUACCUUAAGCUCUUGACCCAGGAAGAAGAGGCUCAAAAGCAACUUACUUCGAGAGUGGCCGCCGAACUCGAGGCGAGAAGAAGGGCGGACGAGGAAUCCGACGCAGAGGCACGUCGGAUGCUUGAGGAGGAGCGUCUCAAGCGUGAGCAUGAAUUGCGCGAACAGAUAGAAAUAGUGGCAAGGAUUGAGCAGGAGAAGAAGGCAAGACAGCAGGAAAGACGGAAGGAGGAUGCUGUGCAAGCCAAGGUGAAACAGAUGGGUGUGUGCGUGGUAGGGUUUCGAUAA